CAGGAGCCAGGGGCGCCCGCCGGAGGGGUGCGGUGGUCCUCCGCGAGCGACGGGCCCCAGCGCUUCGGCCUUCCGCCGUGGGGUCGGGGGAGCCGGUGCUGGCCGGGAGCGGCCGACCCGACUGCCCGCGGGUGCGCCCUCCGGCCGGGCCCCCGGGCCUGUGCCUGCCGUCAACGCGCGUGUCCGCGGGGGACGUGGGGUUGCGUCCGCACUCGGCCGUGCGUUGCGAACAGGGGUUCCGUGCGGCGGCCCGGACUGCUGGGCACCGCAGGGUUGUCACCCCGGGGACCCCGGGUCACGCACGCUGCCCCGUGUCUCAGACGAGGUCCCUGGGACCCGCGCAGGUGGCAGAAACCCAGUCCUGCGUGAGUUUGGUUCCUGCCCACUCCCCGGCCACUCUACUCUCCCUCUGGAUGAUGUCAGAACAGGACCUGGCGGACGUGGUGCAGAUUGCCGUGGAAGACCUGAGUCCCGGUCACCCAGUCGUGCUGGAGAACCAUGUGGUGGCGGAUGACGACGAGCCGGCCCUGAAGCGCCAGCGCCUGGAGAUCAACUGCCAGGAUCCCUCCAUCAAGUCAUUCCUGUACUCCAUCAACCAGACGAUCUGCUUACGGCUGGACAGCAUUGAGGCCAAGCUGCAGGCUCUCGAGGCCACGUGCAAGUCGUUAGAAGAGAAGCUGGACCUGGUCACCAACAAGCAGCACAGCCCCAUCCAGGUCCCCAUGGUGGCAGGCUCCCCUCUUGGCGCGACCCAGACGUGCAACAAAGUGCGAUGCGUCGUCCCCCAGACUACAGUAAUACUCAACAAUGAUCGGCAGAACGCCAUUGUAGCCAAGAUGGACGACCCCUUGAGCGGCAGGGCGCCGGAGUCCCUGGAAAAUGUCAUUAGCAACGCGGUGCCGGGGCGACGGCAGAACACGAUUGUGGUGAAGGUGCCGGGUCAAGAGGACAGCCACAACGAGGACGGGGAGAGCGGGUCCGAGGCCAGCGACUCCAUUUCCAGCUGUGGACAGUCAGGAAGUCAGAACAUUGGCAGCAACGUGACCCUCAUCACCCUGAACUCGGAAGAGGACUACCCCAACGGCACGUGGCUGGGCGACGAGAACAACCCCGAGAUGCGUGUGCGCUGUGCCAUCAUCCCCUCGGACAUGCUGCACAUCAGCACCAACUGCCGCACGGCCGAGAAGAUGGCCCUGACGCUGCUGGACUACCUGUUCCACCGGGAGGUGCAGGCCGUGUCCAACCUGUCGGGCCAGGGCAAGCACGGCAAGAAGCAGCUCGACCCCCUCACCAUCUACGGCAUCCGCUGUCACCUAUUCUACAAGUUCGGAAUCACAGAGUCCGACUGGUACCGGAUCAAGCAGAGCAUCGACUCCAAGUGUCGGACGGCCUGGCGGCGGAAGCAGCGAGGCCAGAGCCUGGCCGUCAAGAGCUUCUCCCGGAGAACGCCGUCCUCGUCUUCGUACAGCGCUUCAGAGACCGUGAUGAGCACCCCGCCCCCCACCGGUGAGCUGCCGCAGCCGCCGCCGCAGGCCCUGCACUACGCCCUGGCCGGCGCCCAGCAGGUCCAGAUCCACCAGAUCGGAGAGGACGGACAGGUCCAAGUAAUCCCACAGGGCCAUCUCCACAUCGCGCAGGUGCCGCAGGGUGAGCAGGUGCAGAUCACGCAGGACAGCGAGGGCAAUCUCCAGAUCCACCAUGUGGGCCAGGAUGGGCAGGUGCUGCAGGGCGCCCAGCUGAUCGCCGUGGCCUCUUCCGACCCCGCUGCUGCAGGCGUGGACGGCUCGCCCCUCCAGGGCAGUGACAUCCAGGUCCAGUACGUGCAGCUGGCUCCGGUGACUGAGCACGCCGCUGCGGCCCAGACGGCCGAGACCCUGCAGCCCGGCCUGCAGCCUGAAAUGCAGCUCGAGCACGGAGCCAUCCAGAUCCAGUAGGCGGGACAGGCCGCCCACCCACCACAGGACCUAAGAUGGAGCCGCGGCCGUGCUCUGCGCCGGCUCCAGCCUCCCGCCCCGUCCCGCGCGCCCCGGCCCCACGGCUUUGCACGGAGGGGACUGCACGUGUUCCGUUCGAGUGCGUCGGAAAGCCUCACCUGCGCGGACAGGGGGUGUCCCGGUCAACACAGGGUGCCGGUAACAGCCGCCGCCCCUGCCGGAAGACCCUUCCCUUUGAGUCCCACUGUUGGUGUCCAGAGAGAGAGUGGGGAGGCACAGCGUGGACUGCGUUAAGUACGUGCGGAAAGUCAAGAACUACGAUAUUUUUCUCUGUUCAAACAGCUUUUUUUAAUUUGCUAUGGUGUUUAUAACAAAAGAGAAAAUUGAAAAAAAAAAAAGUGGAGUAGCAGAAGCCUUUUGCUGUGUGCUCUGUUCCGUGUAAUGAAAAUAGGUAUUUGCAAAAGACAACUAACGAUUUUGAUGAAAAUAUUGCUUACCUACUUUUCUAGAGGGAAAUGCUCUCAACACUGUUAAUUAUGCAUUUCUAAUGAAAUAAAAUGUAUUUAUGACCACA